AUGAUAGCUUUGAUAAAUUCAAAUGGUGUCUAUGAUGUUUGUGGGAAAAAUAAUCUUACAUUAGCUGAUAUGCUUCAUCCAUAUUCUCGCAUUUUUGCUACAAUUCGUGAUCCUUCAAACUCAUCUACAAGUUCUAAAUUAAAAAUUGAUAUUAGAGAUAUUAAACAAAGUGGAUCAUUAUUAUCAUUAACUGUACUACCAUCUGUUCUUGAUCAAGCAGUUACCUUAGCCUUUGACGAUAAAAUUAGUGCCUAUGAAUCUUUUGUAGAAACAUUAAAUUAUUGGCAAGAACCUGGUGAACAUGAAUUUUUAAAAACUUACAUGGCUUGCAUUUUUGCAGUUUCUGCACAUGAAAAUAAUCCACUAGAAGAAUUAGAUAAUCUUAUUACACAACAACGACAACAACAACAUUCAAAUAUUGAGGUUCCUGAUCCAUUACCAUGUCCCGGUCAUUGUACUCCACCAAGAUGGUUUAUGCAUAAUAUUUUAAAAUUUUAUAUUCUUGUUCAAGAUGUUUCUUUAAAUACAAAUGUUGACAAUAUAUAUAAACAAAUGAUAACAACUUAUGGUACAAAUAAUUGUCAUCUUCUUCGUAUUAAUUCAAGUCAGGUUGAUACAAAUUUACCAGAUAUUUGGAGUAAUUUUAUUGAUAAAAGAGAUAAGGUAUUAGAAUUAGGUCUUGAAUUAGCUAGAACAAAAAUAUCAGAAAAAACAUCUUUAACAGAUAAAUCUAUUGAUACUGAACCUACUACUCCAUCAACAGGAAUAUCUGUUACAAGUAGUUCAGCAAAUCCUCGUAUAGCAGAUGACUAUUUAACAUAUUUAUCUGUUACAACAGGAGCUAUUAAUACAGCUCAUACAAUUACAACAUCAAAUAUAAAUACAAAGAAAAAAAUAUAUCGUGGUAUAUACUUAGAUUCAAGUGACAGAGAAAGAUUAGUUGGACUAAUUGAAGAUUUUACAAUAAAUGCUUUGAUUCCAUUUAUUGAAAGGCAAUUAAAAGUUUUAAAUGAUGGAUGGAUUAAUAGGAAGGGUUUUGCUAAAUCAUUAACACUUGGAAUGAAAAAAUGGUUUGGUCCAGUUACAAGUACAAAUAUUGCACCUUCAAAAGUUGUUUAUUCUCCAGAAUGUGGUGAAUUACAAUCUAGAAGAUUAGCUGAUUUAUGUGUACUAUUUGGAUUAUAUUCUUAUGCACUUCCUGUAUAUCAAUCAUUGAAGAAAGAUUUUGAACAUGACGGUAGUUGGCUUCAUUAUGCUGGAACUUUAGAAAUGGCUUCAAUUUGCCUUGCAACAUCAGUAUCAAAUGUCAAAGAUUAUCCAAAACAUUAUAUGGAAAAUGCUUUGAAUCAUUAUACUUUAUCUUCUCAUAAACCACUUAUUGCUCUUAGAGCUGGUAUUGAAAGUUAUGAAAUUUUAACAAAAUUAAAUUGUUUUGAAGAAGCUGCUAUUCAAAUGGUUAAAUUAGCUUCUUUUAAUUUUGGUAAUGAGUUAUAUCAUGCUAUUUUAAGUAACUUGGCAAGUGAAGCUUUUAAGCAGGCUAAGAUGUACAGAAAAAUGUGUUUUCAAUAUGUACUUACUGGAUACAGGUACACAAAAUGUAAUCAAAAGCAAAUGGCAUUAGAUUGUUAUAAAAAAGCAUUACCAGAAAUAAUUGAUAAAUCAUGGAAUGAUGCUAAUGAUCACAUUUUGCAUACUCUUGCAAAUGAUUUUUCAAAUAUGAAUACGGCUAUAGAAUAUGCAGAGAAAUUAGUUAGAGAAGAAAGUGAUAAAUCGGAAGAGGAACAAAAAAUAUUUUUGCAAAGUUUUGUAGAUAUUUUAUUAAAAAAUAAUACAAUAAUGCCAGAAUUUAAAUUUCCUACUGUUAAAAUGAAUGAAAUAAGAGUAAUUUAUGGAAAUAUUCCAGAUAAUUGUGAUAGUAAUGUUUAUAAUGAUGAUAAACAAAAUGAUAAUUGGGAUGACCUUGAAAAAGCUGCUUUUCAUACAUUUUUUCCAAGCAAAAAGUUAUUUGAAAAAGUACAUAUUUGGAGUGAUAAAAAAACUGAAAAUAUAACUGUCAAAGAAACACCACAAAAUGAAAAAUGUCGUAUAGUAUUUACAUUAAAAAAUAAUUUAACAGUAAGUGUUCAAAUGGCAAAUAUAAAAUUAGGAUUUCAAUAUAUUAAAUUAAGUAAUAAUGAUAUGGGUAAAGAAAAUGAUUUGAUAGAAAAUAAAAUUGUACCAAAUUUAUCCCUUCAACCAUCUUCAGAAACUUCAUUUGAAUUAUAUUUUAUACCUGGUUCUAAUAUUUUAGAAGUAUCAAUAAAUAGUAUUAUUUUUGAUUUACAUUCAGAAUCAUCAUUAAUUACUGGUUCAAUUCCUAUAAAUAUACGUGGCCAAAAAGUUUUGAAAAAUCAUGAAGAGGCAACUUAUAAAGAGGACAAUCGUUUAACAAUAAAAGUUUCAAAAAAUGUCAAACCAUCUAUGAAGGUAAAUCUUUUUAAGAACAAUGAAAAUUCAACAAGUAUUUCUUCUUAUUGUAAUCAAAUAUUUCAAAUUACAACAGAUAUUGAAAAUAUAGGACCUAUUGAAGUUGAUGGAAUUUGUGUUGCUACAGAUAAACCUAAUUUAAUUUCUUUAUCAGAACCUAUUAAUAAUACAUGGCAGAUAUGUAAUUCUAAUUUAUAUUCUUUAAAUGAGAAUAUUCUUGUAUAUAAUAUUCUUUCUAACAAAUUUUUAAAUGUCAAUGAAUCAUGUCAAGUGAAAUUUUCUUUCAAGGCUCCAUCUAUACCUGUGAAAGGUGAAUCUAUUUCAUUAAUUAUUUAUUGGAAAGCUACAAAUGGAACUACAAGAUACAAAAGAUUUCAACUUAGUUUUACAACACAACAUUUAUUAAAAGCUAAAACAAGAUUAAUUGAUCCUUUUGUUGGUUUGUGUGCUGUUGAUUUUAAAAAUUCUAGUGAUAGUAAAGAUGCUGUUCUUGUAAAAAUUGAAAUUUUACGUAUGAGAACAAUUUAUAAAUCAUCACCAAUUCUUAAGAUUAAUUCAAAUGGAAAAAUUGUUGCUGUUAAUGGUAGUUCUUGUUCAGAAACUGAUAAUGGUUUCAUUUUAAUGUCUCCAGUAAUAAAUGAACCAACAAUAAGUAUUGAUAAUGCACAAGGGUAUACUUUACCAUUUUAUUUAAUGUACUCUGAUGAUAAAAAUAAUGAUAAUGCAAUUAAUUAUACAAAUGAUUUAUGGUUAGGACAAGUUUUACAAGAAUUUCCUUCAUUCUCAAACAAUUUGAAUAGAAGAACUUUUUUAAAUCCACAACAAAAAGAAGUUUACUCAUUUAUAAAUCCAAAAACAUUUGAAAGUCUUAACUUUAUUGAUAAUUUUGGACAUUUUAAUAUUUUUGUUUUAUGGAAAGCAUCAAUUUUUAAUGUUGAUGGAGCAUUUACAACGAUAUUUGGAGAGUCUAGCUUAGUUAAUCCUUUCUUACAAUAUAAUCCAUCACCAACUCCUAUUCAGGAAAUAUUUUUACCACCACAACUAUCACAAUACCGCAUACCAAACACAUCACCAAAGAUAAUAUUUAUACCUAGUGACGCUGAUUCUCUGCAAUUAAAACAAGCAAUAACCGAAGAUCAAUUUAUGAACGCAACAGAGAUGAAAUCAAUUGAUUUGUGGACUAACCCUGUAUUAGUGGAGCACCCUUUAGAGGCAAUUGAACAAUGUGAAGUUGCUUCAGCUGUUAGGGCAAAUGUUUAUUUUAAUACAAAUAUUAUUGAACAUAAUUUUGCAAUUGAAAGAAUAUGUACUGUACCUGUAAAUAUUGAAAUAUCAAAUUUUGAUAGAAGAUGUCGUUAUAUUAAUGCAACAAUUAUAUGUACAUCAUCCAUACCAAAAAUUAAUGCAUUAUAUGAAAAAUAUUAUGACCAUCAAUUUACAAAUAAUCCAAUAGUUCCUCAUAGUCAUUUAACUUGUAAUAUGUCUAAAGUUACCAAAUUAGUACCUCCUAAUAAUACAUUAACCUUUACAUUACAAUUAAAAUCGGCUCUUCCUUCAGUUUUUGAUACUUCUUGUCUAUCUAUUUCUGUUUCUUUUAAAGAUUCUCUUAAUUCUGUACAACUACAAUUGCCUUCUCAUCAUAUAUCUAUUAUAGACAUAUCAUUAGUUAAUCAUAUCCCUGAAACUUCAUCAAGAUGUUCAUCUGUUCCUGUCACAUAG